AUGGGUUAGAGUUGUAUAAAAAAAUAGAAAAUAGAAAAUGAAAGAGAAUUAGAAUGCUAAUUGAACAUUAUAUAACCAAUAUGUCAUAGUAAUUAAAUUAAAAGACCUAUAUAUGAAAUUUGUUAUAUACAAGGGAGAGAAGAAACAAAUGAUGAAGUUUAUGAUUUAGAUUUAGAAACCAGAAAGCCUUAAAAGUAAAAAGUGAAAAGUGUUUAUAAUUCUAAAUCCAAUUUCUCUUUAGGUGUAAAAUAAUAAAAGUAAUUGAUCAAAAGUUAGUUGAAAUCACUUGGUGCAGAUGUUUCAUAAAUAUUUAAUCCCAAAAAAUAAAAAUUAGUUCGUUCUGAUCGUGAAAGCAGAGCUUUGGAGUAUAGUACUCGUUUAGUGUAAACUACAAGAGAUCCAAAAAGAUGUGGCACAUUUUCAUCAAAUAAAAGUAUCGAUAACAGCCAGUCUCCACUGCAGUUUUCUCUAAAAUAAUAAAAUCAUACAUAUGACUCUAUUAGAGAUGAAAUUAAAUCUGUAAGAUCUAUGAAGCCUUUAAAUUAAUAACAAUCAAAUCAUGGAAUUUUGAAAUAAAAAAAAGGAAAAGCUAAAUCUAUGUAUUACAAAAGAACUGUGAGAUUUUAAUUUUGA